CUCCACUCCAUCAUACUUUAUUAUUCUUCUCUGUACCUCAAUAUUAUUUCUCUACAAUAUGGCUACCAACAACCCUACUUCUUCUUCUUUCCAUCACCCUGAUCUCCACCUCCAAAUCCCUCAAGACUCUGAAGAUGACACCAACCAAACAACCCCCGGUUCCGGUGACGGCUCCGGUCGCCGCCCCCGCGGCCGUCCUCCUGGUUCCAAAAACAAACCAAAACCACCGGUUAUUAUCACCCGUGAAAGUGCUAACACUCUUAGAGCUCAUAUUCUUGAAAUAAGCAACGGGUGUGAUGUGUUUGAAGCCGUUGCUGAUUAUGCUAGAAAACGGCAACGUGGGAUUUGUAUUGUGAGUGGUACCGGUACGGUUAAUAAUGUUACUCUCCGGCAACCGGCUGCUGCGGGUUCUGUCCUCACGCUUCAUGGCCGGUUUGAGAUAUUGUCACUGUCGGGUUCUUUUUUGCCUCCACCGGCUCCACCGGGUGCUACUAGUUUAACCAUUUAUUUGGCUGGUGGACAAGGUCAGGUUGUUGGUGGUAAUGUGGCGGGUGCUCUUGUGGCUUCUGGGCCAGUGAUUGUUAUUGCUGCUUCGUUUACGAAUGUGGCGUAUGAACGGCUGCCGUUGGAUGAAGAUGAAGCGGCUGCGAGUAGCGGUGGUGGUGCUGGUGCUGGUGGUGAUGGGGAUGGUGAUGGUGGUGGUGGUGGUGGUCACCACUUUCCUGACCCGUCUUCCAUGGGUUUACCGUUUUUUAACCUGCCACUUAAUAUGCCAAAUGUUCAGUUACCGGUGGAUGGUGGUGGUUGGACCGGUAACGCCGCUAGCAGGCCUCCGUUCGGAUAAAAUAAGGUCAGAGAGUAUGAUAAUUAAAACUUUAAAUGUUAAAAGUUAUCAUCAUUCAUCAGUGACCAUUUACCAACAUUUAUCAUCAACAUUUAUCAUCAAGUGAUUCAAGUCUUUAUCUUUUUUUUUUUUUUUUUUUUCAUUUCAUUAGGGUUUUUAGGUUUUUUUAAAUUUGUGAAGUAAGAUCAAAUGGUUAUCUUCGUCUGUAUUUGUGAAAUUAUUUUGAUCUUUUGAAAAGCAAGCUUUAGUUUAAUUUGCAACAAGUGUGGUGAAUAUUAAACUAA